CUAAGCGGGGUCAUAUUCCCCUGCUUCAAUUAUUUUGCCAAGAAUCCAAAAUCAAUGGCGUCUUCCUCGUACAAGAAAUACGAAAUCAGAAAGCGAGAUCCAAACCCUAAAACCACCGCUUUGUUAGUGAUCGACAUGCAAAACUAUUUUGCCUCCAUGGCCAAACCUAUUCUCAGCAACGCAAUUACCACCAUCAACCUUUGCCGAGAAGCUUCCAUCCCCAUUUUCUUCACUCGCCACUGCCACAAAUCCCCCGCCGACUACGGCAUGCUCGGUGAGUGGUGGGACAACGACCUCAUCUUCGACGGCACCGUUGAUUCCGAACUGAUCCCCGAGAUCGGACGGCUUUCGAAACCCGACGAGGUGGUUGAGAAAAACACGUACAGCGCGUUCGAGAACACGCGACUACAUGAGAUGCUGAUGGAGAAAAAGGUGGAGGAGGUUAUAAUCACGGGGGUCAUGACGAAUCUGUGCUGCGAAACGACGGCUCGUGCGGCGUUUGUGAAAGGAUAUAGGGUGUUUUUCUCAACGGAUGCGACGGCCCCGUCGGAUUCGGAGAUGUACGAGGCUACUUUGAAGAACAUGGCCUACGGGUUUGCGUACCUGGUUGACUGCAAGAGGCUUCAACAGGGGCUUUUUGGGAAAGGAAUGAAGUAAUUUUGUUUCCCAUGGCGAAGAGUACUGGUAAUAAAAAUCCUUUUCAUUGCAAGUCCUUUUUCUGUUUAUAGUUUCUAUUAUCUUCUGGAGAUGUAUGUAUGUGUGAUUGAAAUGCUAUCCUAGUAUUAGUUUUUCUGGAAUAAAAGAGUGAGAAAUUAUUACUCAA